AUGUCGACUCCUUUGAUUUGGUUUGUUUUCAUGAAUUUGAGCAUACUACUGAAGCCAGGAUACUGCACAGAAACACGUGACCAAGUUCUAUCAAUCACCCCACAAACACAAGAACAAGUGGACAUCUUGAGGAAUGUAUCCACACACUAUGAGACAGUCCUGUGGCAGCCUGUUUCAAAUGAGUACAUCAGUACACAAGUGAUGGUCCACCUCUAUGUCCCUGCAAACAGCUCUGUGACAGUCAAGGCUAUACUGCAGAAACAUGGCAUAACACACAAGGUCUUACUGGCUAAUCCUAAUGUGCUGACCGAAAUGCAGAUGAAGAAUGACUCCACUGACCCACGAAGCGGCUCAACUUUUUAUGAGAAAUAUCACACCCUUGAGGAGAUUUAUGACUGGAUUAACAGAACUGCACAAGACAACCCCAGAACAGUCAAAGCCAUCCUUAUUGGCUCUUCAUACGAGAAGCGGCCGCUAUACGUUCUCAAGCUGUCUUUCAAUGACAGGCCAAAUAGGAAAGCCAUGUGGAUUGACUGUGGGAUCCACGCAAGAGAGUGGAUCUCUCCGGCUUUCUGCUUGUGGUUUGUGCACCAUUCUUUGUCAUUUUAUCAGCAAAACUCAGAAAUUACUCGCAUCCUGGACAGCAUGGAUGUGUACGUCCUGCCUGUGAUGAAUCCUGAUGGAUACAAAUACACGUGGACGACAAGAAGGUGGUGGAGGAAGAACCGUUCCAUCAGUAAGUCGGGUUUUUGCGUUGGCGUUGACCUCAACAGAAACUUUGAUGUUGAUUGGGGCAUUAAGGGAUCCUCUCAAAAUCCUUGUGAGGAAAUCAACUGCGGGCCGUUUCCUGAGUCUGAGCCCGAGACGCAGGCUGUGGCCAACUUCCUGCGCAGACACAAGGACACAGUUCAACUCUACAUCACCAUCCACUCCUACUCCCAGAUGUUCAUCUUCCCAUAUUCCUACACCUUUGAUCAAGCGGAGAACCACAAUGAUUUGCUUGAGAUGGUCCAAGAAGCUGCCCAGAGGAUCAAACGAUAUUACAGGAACACCUACACAUAUGGUCCUGGAGCAGCCACAUUAUACCCAUGUUCUGGCGGCUCUGACGACUGGGCGUACAAACUUGGCAUCAAAUACUCCUUUACGUUUGAGCUCCAGGACCGUGGGGAAUACGGCUUCCUGUUACCACCUUCUCACAUAUCCGGGGCCUGCAACGAAGCGCUGCUCGCGGUCAAGACCGUUGCUGUCAAGGUUUUAGAGAAAACACAAGCUCCAGCAAACCAUCACACGAUCUAA